GCAUGCGCUCUGUGUCCGGCCCGGUGUGCGUGAAUGAUGGCGGCGUAUGUGCAGAUACUGAAGAACGAGUUUCCACAGAUCGACUCCGAACUCUUCGAUUAUAUCACUGCCGUGUUAGACAGCGGCGUCUCAGAUUUCGAGGAUGGAGACGAAGUGUUUGAUGCCAUCGGCGACGUUCUGCAGGAGGUCGGUGACAAGAAUGAAGACGACAUCCGAGAAAUCUGCUUCCAGAUGUUCAACACACUCCAGCUGACUAAAUGUGACUCUGGUCAGCAGCAGAUGCUGCUGGAGGCUCCAGUGCAGUUAUCACAAGUGUCUGCUGACGCAGCAUCAACUGCUAACGAUGUUCAUGGUAUCUGGAUGCUGAAGAGGAAUCCGAGUACAACUGUGGAUGCCAAGAAACUAGAGAAAGCUGAAGCCAAACUGAAAGCCAAGCAUGAGCGCAGAAAUGAGAAAGACUCACAGAAAUCCUCAUCGUCUCCACUGGUUUUGGAGGAGGCCUCAGCCAGUCAGGCGAGCAGUAAGAAAGAAAACCGCGUCGACUCAUCUGGGAAGAAUCGAAGUUACGACAUCCGCAUUGAGAAUUUUGACGUGUCUUUUGGGGAGAGAUGUCUGCUGCUGGGUGCAGAGCUGUGUCUGGCCAGCGGCAGGCGCUACGGUCUCAUCGGGCGUAACGGGCUCGGUAAGACCACUCUGUUGAAGAUGUUGGCGAGUCGCAGCUUGCGCGUCCCUUUGCACAUCUCCAUUCUGCACGUGGAGCAGGAGGUGGCUGGAGACGACACCGUGGCUCUACAGAGCGUUCUAGAGAGCGACACGGUUCGAGAGGAGCUGCUGAAGGAGGAGCGUACACUCAACGCACACAUCGCCAAUGGAACUGCAGAUGGAUUAGAAAGUGUUCGUCUUUCGGAAAUUUAUGCUAAACUGGAAGAAAUCGAAGCGGAUAAAGCGCCAGCCAGAGCAUCUGUCAUUCUUGCUGGUUUAGGCUUUUCAGCCAAAAUGCAACAGCAGGCAACCAAGGAGUUUUCUGGAGGCUGGAGGAUGAGGUUAGCUUUAGCAAGAGCCCUGUUUGCACGGCCUGAUCUGCUGUUACUUGAUGAGCCCACAAACAUGUUGGACAUAAGAGCCAUUCUGUGGCUGGAAAACUAUUUACAAACGUGGCAGUCCACCAUCCUCGUGGUGUCUCACGAUCGUAACUUCUUGAAUGCCGUUGUAACGGACAUCAUACACCUGCACUCGCAGCGGCUGGAGAGUUACCGCGGCGAUUACGAGAACUUCAUCAAGACGAAAGAAGACCGACUGAAGAACCAGCAAAGAGAAUAUGAAGCUCAGUUACAGUACAGAGAACAUAUACAGGUGUUCAUUGACCGGUUCAGAUAUAACGCCAACAGAGCAGCUCAAGUGCAGAGCAAACUCAAGCUGCUGGAGAAACUGCCUGAACUCAAGCCCAUGGUCAAGGAGUCUGAAGCCGUCUUACGUUUUCCGGAUAACUUUGAGAAGCUGUCUCCUCCGAUCCUGCAACUGGAUGAGGUGGAGUUCGGCUACAAUCCUGACCAGCGGCUCUUCAACGGCCUCAGCGUCUCGGCUGACCUGGAGUCUCGCAUUUGCAUCAUGCUAACAAAUCUGAGUUUCAUUUAUAGCCCCAACUUCUACAUUCUGGACGAGCCGACGAAUCAUCUGGACAUGGAGACGAUUGAAGCCUUGGCAAAUGCCCUCAACAAGUUCAGAGGCGGCGUGGUUCUGGUGUCCCACGACGAGCGCCUGAUCCGGAUGGUUUGUAAGGAGCUCUGGGUCUGCGAGGCCGGGCGAGUUCAGCGCGUGGACGGAGGCUUUGACGAGUACAAGGAUAUCUUGCAGGAACAGUUUCGUCGGGAGGGAUACUUGUGAUGCAGACGUCUGUUUACCCGAUCUGAUGAGAGCGGCUGUAGUCCCGGCGGCCAGCACGCUCAAAACCCAUUCAACUUCAAUCUCCCUAAAUCAUGCGGCUCAGACGCGUCCUGCGGGUUCAAGGCCGGACUUUUGUGUAGAUGACAUAUUAAAGAUGAUGUAAGAAAGGCGAAGCAGACAUAUGCACUAACAGAUGUUGUACUCCACACCGCUUUUAAAAGAUCACCCAACAUACGGUAAUAAAAAGAAAAACUGUCCCCAACGUUUUUAA